CAAACCGGCUGCUCGGCCGCGUUUUUUUCGGCUUGGUCCUGCGAUCGGCUGGUGCUGGCCGUUCCACUCUUGUUGCUGCGGAUCUGCGCUGGCUGGGACAACUCUCGCCCGAUCGCAUUCCUGGCGCCAGUCGCUGAAGCAAGAUCGCUCCAAAUGUUCGCCGCACGCAUCGCCCAGUCCCUCCGGCACCCGGUCCUCCUCUCGUCGCCGCCGAUCGCCAUCAGGCCGAAGCGGUUCCAGCACAAACAUGCUUCCUGGCCAGCCGGGAUUUCGCAGCUCAUCAAGGAGUCCAUUCUGCCCUCGGACUUCCUGUCCAAUUUCCGACCAGGGCUCGCAUCGCUGCCGCCGCCUGUCGCCCAACGGCAGGAGAUCGACCUGGUCAUUGUCGGGAUCGGGCCGCGCGGCGAUGGCUUUGGGUUUGCCUCCGAGGCCGCAGACGCACUGGUGGUGGUCCCGACGACUCUACCGGGAGAGCAAGUUCGAGUGCGGGUCGUCAAGAUCGCCCGGGACUACAUCUACGCCGACCUCGUCAAGGUCAUCGGCCCGUCGCCUUCUCGGAUCGAGCCCAAGUGCAAGCACUACGAUCUCUGCUCAGGAUGCAAUUUCCAACACAUGUCCUACGAAAACCAGUUGAAGCACAAGGCCAAGGCCGUCGAAUCGACCUUCAAGACCAUCCGGAACAUGCGCGGCAUCGACUCGACCGGGGGCCCAGCCGUCUCGCCCAUCGUCCCGUCGCCGCUCACGUACGGCUAUCGCACCAAGAUGUCGAUCCACCAUCCGCCCGUUCGCCCAGGCGGAACCGUCACGGCCGUGGGAUUCAACCGGCGAGGGAGCUCGAGGGUCGUCGAUAUCGAGGAGUGUCCGAUCAUGACCCCGGCGAUCAAUGCCCGGCUGAAGUCGCUCCGCGAGCUCCUCCUGAAUACUCCCCAGUCAGAGGGCUGCUCCGGAGACACCCAUUUGCUGCGGCAUUCGCUCGUCGUCGACACCUCUGACCUGAAGCACAUCACCCAGACCGAACGACUGUCGAGCCCGGACGAUAUGCCAACGCCAUGGCCUCCCAAGAAAGCCGGCUCUCGGGUGAUCACGAACCGCCGCCAGGCUUCGCUCGAGAUCAUCAAUGGCAUUCUGUUCCAGUUCAACUCCAACUCGUUCUUCCAAACGAACCCGUCGAUCCUGGGGUCCUUGACGCAGCACAUUGCCCAGCAGAUCGAGGCCUGCAAGAAGAUUGUGUCGGCCGCUAGUCUCCCGCCGAUUCGGUUCCUGGUCGACACCUACUGCGGCACAGGGUUCUUUGGGCUGCAGCUGCACCACUACUUUGAGCACGUCCAUGGGAUCGAAAUCGACCACCAUGCGCUGCAGUCGGCCCGGUCGAGCGCCACCAUCAACGGCAUCACCAAUGCCACCUUUUACGAGGGCAGCGUCGACCACGUCUUUGGAACUGUGCCAUGCAAUCCCGACGAGACCGUCGUCCUGGUGGAUCCGUCCCGCAAUGGCUGCAGCCCUGAUUUCCUGUCACAGCUUUCGAUCUACGGGCCCAGGGCAAUUGUCUAUGUGUCCUGCAAUCCGGUCACCCAGGUCCGGGAUCUGACGACGCUGCUCGAGGCACCCUUCACCGGCAUCAACAGCAAGGGUGUCAGAGUCCGUGCUGCCCCGUGGCGCAAGACGAUGCUGGAGUCCUUCACCACCGCUCCAGAUGCCUGGACGAGCCCGCCACUCAAGAACGGUGCCCUGUACAUUGACGGCAAGAGGAUAUCGUUGAAGGGCGUGCUCCUCCCGCACGACGAGGAUCCGCUUCCCGAUCCCAUCAAGACCCGCUCCCACUGGUACCGAAUGCUGUCGAUCCAGCCGUUCGACAUGUUUCCUCAAACGGCCAGCGUCGAAAAUGUCGUGGUGCUGAUCCGCGAAGAUUGCCCUGCCGUCGACAAUAAGGACGGAUCUAAGGAGCUUGAAGGCAUCACAGAGGAGAUUCGAUAGUGCCGAGGAGAUUCUAUCAGGGGUGCCGAGCAGGUCACAGGACAAGGAGAGGCGAUAGCGCCACUGCAGUCAGAGACAACCGCCCUCUCCUCUGUAUUCCAAUCCAGAGACCUUCAACGACACGGCUGGGCAAUCCGACACCUCUAGGCUGCUCAUCACUGGCCCAUCAGGAGGGCCGGCUCAACGGGGUCGUGGAGAUGGUCGUGCCACCCGACGAGGCAGGUUUAUGGAGUGAGACCAUGAUAGAGUGAGACCAUGACGGAGUGAGACCAUGAUGGAGUGAGACCAUGACGGGCCGGUGCCCGACACGCCGAAUGCGAUGAUAAUAUAUAGACUGUUCGUCGGGGUGGAAUUACAACAAAAUCGAGAGAUGGGACCUCAUUGAUGGGCGACAGCCACGACCGAACAAGGGGCGGUCGAGGAAGGUCAUGCUGGGAGCGGGGGAAGGAGACAAUAGUGAAGCUGUGAACAGCAGACGAGGAAGAAAUAUUAUGGU